AUGGCAAACGAAUUGAAUGACCAACAAAUUCACGUAGCACCGACUACUGUGCAUCAAUUUAGCGAUGAUGCGAUUUCUGCUUUGUACAUGCAUCCUUCUGAUAGCCCUGGCAUGGUGUUGGUUCCUACACCUUUUGAUGGAUUGGUGAAAAAUAAACUGGGUUUCAUUACUGGUGAUUGCAAGCGACUUGCGGAUGAUGCAGCCAAAUUACGUCAAUGGGAGAGAUGUGAUGAUAUGGUGACGUCUUGGAUUUUGAACUCCUUAUCUAAGGAGAUAGCUGAAAGUGUUAAGUAUGUUGCAAAUUCCAUCGAAUUGUGGAAGGAAAGAGAGGAUCGAUAUGACCAGACGAAUGGUGCUAAGCUGUAUCAAAUUCAAAAGGAAAUUAAUGAUUUGGUACAAGGAGCUAUAGAUAUUACUACCUACUAUAUGCGUAUGAAGAAACUCAGGGAAGAAUUCAACAAUUUAUCCUUUCGAGUCCAAUGUAGUUGUCAAUGUGUUUGUGGUGCAAAGGAGGGGACAUACAAGGCUGAGCAAGACAGGAGAUUGAUCCAGUUUCUUAUGGGCUUGAAUGAGUAA